CCGCAGCCGGCAGUUUUCCGCAGCUAGGGUCGCCGGACGGGCUUACCUCCACUGUGUCUCGGAAACCUGGGAGGCACCGGCGCCUAGGGGUGCGACGGCGUGUGCGCCAUGGGGAAGGCGAAGGCGGCCGGGGCGCGAAGGAAGGCGUUGGGGGCGCGGCGAGACCCGGUGAAGGCCUGCCCCAACCCGUUCGAAGUGAAAGUCAACAGGCAGAAGUUUCAGAUCCUGGGCAGGAAGACGCGCCACGAUGUGGGACUGCCCGGCGUGUCCCGCGCGCGGGCCAUCAGGAAGCGUACACAGACAUUACUAAAGGAGUACAAAGAAAGAGAUAAAUCCAAUGUAUUUAGAGAUAAACGCUUUGGGGAGUACAAUAGCAACAUAAGUGCAGAAGAAAAGAUGAUGAAGAGGUUUGCUCUGGAACAACAGCGACAUCAUGAGAAAAAAAGCAUCUACAACCUAAAUGAAGAUGAGGAAUUGACGCAUUAUGGCCAGUCUUUGGCAGACAUUGAGAAACAUAAUGACAUUGUGGAUAGCGACAGCGAUGUUGAGGAACGAGGAACACUUUCUGCUGAGCUAACUGCUACGCACUUUGGAGGAGGCAGCAGGCUCCUUCAUACAAAGAACUUUCAACAGGAAGGUGAGGAGGGAGAACAACCAAAGUCACGGAAGGAACUGAUUGAAGAGCUCAUUGCGAAGUCAAAACAGGAGAAGAGGGAGAGACAAGCUCAGCGAGAAGAUGCCCUUGAGCUCACAGAGAAGUUGGACCAAGACUGGAAAGAAAUCCAGAUUCUCCUGUCACACAAAACUCCCAAGUCAGAGAAGAGAGAUAAAAAGGAGAAACCCAAGCCUGAUGCAUAUGACAUGAUGGUUCGUGAGCUUGGUUUUGAAAUGAAGGCACAGCCCUCUAACAGGAUGAAAACAGAGGAGGAAUUGGCACACGAGGAGCAGGAGCGGCUCAGGAAACUGGAGGCUGAAAGACUUCGAAGAAUGCUUGGAAAGGAUGAGGAUGAAAAUUUUAAGAAACCAAAACAUAUGUCAGCAGAUGAUUUAAAUGAUGGCUUUGUACUGGAUAAAGAUGAUAGACGUUUGCUUUCUUACAAAGACGGAAAGAUGAAUGUUGAGGAAGAUGUCCAAGAAGAGCAAAGCCAGGAAGCCAGCGGGGAUAAGAGUGAGGAGGACGAGAGUGAAGGUUCCACUGGGGAGGACCCAGAGGAGAGCGAUGGCCCAGAGGGCCACUCGGACCUGGCAUCUGAUGUAGAGAGUGAAGAAGAAAAUGAGAAGCCAGAGAAAGAGCAUCAGAGUCCUGAGAAAGGAUUGAUAACUCGUGGCCAAAAGGCUCAAAACGCCGCCAGCACCGAGCUGCCCUAUACGUUUGCAGCUCCCGAAUCCUAUGAGGAACUGAGAUCUUUAUUGUCAGGAAGAUCAAUGGAAGAACAGCUUUUGGUGGUGGAGAGAAUUCAGAAAUGCAACCAUCCAAGUCUCGCAGUAGGAAACAAAGCAAAAUUAGAAAAACUGUUCGGCUUCCUUUUGGAGUACGUUGGAGAUUUGGCUAUAGAUGAUCCUCCAGACCUCAGAGUAAUUGAUAAGUUGGUCGUGCAGUUAUAUAGUCUUUGCCAGAUGUUUCCUGAAUCUGCAAGUGACUCUGUGAAAUUUGUCCUCCGAGAUGCCAUGCAUGAGAUGGAAGAAAUGAUUGAGACCAAAGGCCGGGCAGCAUUGCCAGGGUUGGACGUGCUCAUUUAUUUGAAGAUUGUGGGGCUGCUGUUUCCGACCUCUGACUUCUGGCACCCAGUCGUGACUCCCGCCCUGGUGUGCAUGAGCCAGCUGCUCACUAAGUGCCCUGUCCUGUCCCUGCAAGACGUGGUGAAGGGCCUGUUUGUGUGCUGCUUGUUCCUGGAGUACGUGUCUUUGUCUCAGAGGUUUAUACCUGAGCUUGUGAAUUAUAUUCUUGGGAUUCUUUACAUAGCAACGCCAAACAAACAAAGCCAAGGUUACGCUCUGGUGCACCCUUUCAGAGCACGUGGGAAGAACUCCGAAUUGCUCCUGGUCUCCGACAGAGAGGACAUGGCCACGUGGCAGAGGAGCAGCCUCUCCCUGCGCUGGGCGAGUGGACCGAGAACCCAGACAGCCACUGAGGCCAAUCACAUCAGACUUUCCUGUGUGGCCGUGGCUCUGUCCCUGCUGAAGCGCUGCGUGCUCAUGUACAGCACCCUGCCGUCCUUCCACGCCAUCACAAGUCCUGUCCGAGCCCUCCUGACGGAGCACCUGAUGGACUGCAGCCAUCCCCACGAGCUCCAGGAGCUGUAUCAGAGUGUAUUGACAGAAAUGGAAAACCAAAAGCAACUCUACCGGCCACUGACCUGUGAGAAGAGCAAGCCUGUCCCGCUGAAGUUGUUCACGCCCCGUCUGGUCAAAGUCCUCGAGUUUGGAAGGAAGCAAGGCAGCAGUAAGGAGGAGCAAGAGAGAAAGAAGCUCAUCCACAAACACAAGCGGGAAUUCAAGGGCGCCGUCCGGGAAAUCCGCAAGGACAAUCAGUUCCUGGCUAGAAUGCAGCUCUCAGAGAUCAUGGAGCGGGAUGCAGAAAGAAAGCGAAAAGUAAGGCAGCUUUUCAACAGCCUGGCCACUCAGGAGGGUGAAUGGAAGGCUCUGAAGAGGAAGAAGUUCAAAAAAUGAAAUUGUUUUGUAAAU